CAUUCUUGACUACCGCGCGUUCGUUAAUCACCUUACACUUUUUUUUGGGUCCCCGUGGUUACCCUGCCUCUCUUCUCUUCUUGGCUUUCCAAAGUCCGACGGAGAACCCUUCGGCACCCUGCCCCCCUGGUUUGAUUUCCCCUUCCCCUCAUGACCGAACAGUGAAACCCCGCACUACGACCUCGCAGGGAUAAGCAUCGGAGCAGUCGUUGAUCGAUAUUUUAUCCUUUGGGAAAAUACUACACAAUUUCGGCACUAUGCCAUACCCGUCCCCGGUCUACGUCAACCGCGCCGCCGUCGCCGCAGUCGCCGCCGGCAACACCGCCGCAGCCCCCGCAGGCCCCGGCCCCGACAAGGACGGGACAAGCACUCUUCCUCCGACAGAGACCCGUGAACGCCAUCCCCCUCCUUCCUCCCGGGCCCCUGCACUGGCCCUGCACCGCCUCCUCCCCGGCUAUGCCGAGACGCCCCUCCACAGCCUCCCCUCGGUAGCCCGGGAGCUCGGCCUCGGACACGUCCUGCUCAAGGACGAGUCCCGGCGGUUCGGCCUGCCGUCGUUCAAGAUCCUCGGCGCCUCCUGGGCCGUCUACCGCGCCGUCGCCGAGCACCUGCAGCGGCGGUCGACGGGGCUCGACCACCACGCCGCGGUCUCGCGGCUCCUUGACUCGCUGCGGGGAGCUGGCGGGUGGGGGGCCGACUCACCCGUGGUUGGGCCAACGGCGGCGGCAACGGCGACGGCGACGGCGACGGCGACGGGGAGGGAAAUGGGCCUCGGACUGGAACUCGAGAUCGUCACAUGCACCGAGGGGAACUGGGGCCGGGCGGUGGCCAGGAUGGCUGCGUACCUGGGCGCCGCCGCGGUGGUGUACGUGCCCGCACACGUGCCCGAGACGACGCGGGAUCUUAUCCGGGGCGAGGGCGCCGAGGUGAGGGUGGUCGAGGGGAGCUACGACGCGGCUGUCGACGCCGCGAGGGGCGCGGCCGAGGAGAACGACGGGGCCCUGCUGGUGAUGGAUAUCGGGUGGGAGGGAUACGAGACCGUGCCGCAGUGGGUAGUUGAGGGGUAUCAGACCAUGCUCGAUGAGUUGGAUACACAGGUGCUGCGCGUGACGGGCGGGCAGCCAGCCACGCAUGCCGUUGUACCAGUAGGUUGCGGCUCGAUUGCCCAAGCUGUCGCACAGCACUUCAAACGCCCGGCGAGGGAACCUCAGGGUGGUAGUCGUGCUGCUGCUGGUGCUGCUGGUGCUGGUGCUGCUGCUGCCGCUGUGCUCGGGGUCGAGCCCGACACGGCCGCAUGCUUGAGGGCGUCGCUAGAGACAGGGAACAUGGUCAGCGUGCCGACGCAGGAUAGUAUCAUGUGUGGGAUGAAUUGCGGGACGCUGUCGACGGUAGCAUGGCCCGUUCUCCGAACCGGUGUAGAUGCUUCCGUGGUCGUGAGCGACGUCGAAGCUCACCGCGCCGUCACCGAGUUGGAGGCCCUGGGGAUCCAGGCAGGGCCCUGCGGCGCGUCCGCCCUGGCCGCCUUGAAACGAGCCUGCGAGGCCGAGAGGGAGAAGCUGCAAUUGUCAGAAAAGUCAGUCGUGAUUCUGUUCUCCACCGAAGGCCGAAGAGAAUACACGGCGCCGGCAUAAACAAGCAGCAAGCCGCCAUUGGAUGCAUAUGGUCGCGUAUGAUGGAAAUAAGCCGCUAAACGCCGGAUGGAAGGCGCGCGUUCGCUACUCCGAUAAUGCCGACCAAUUGAACGGUGAUCCGUGCCUCAAAUGAGAAU